AUGCGUUCCGCGAUUCUAUUUGGCUUGAUUGCCUGUCUGGCCUUGAGCCUAGUGCUAGCCUUUGAGGAGUCCAGCCCCGUCCAGUCCAACGACUUGUCCGCCGUGGAGAAGGGCAUCGGCCAAGCUGUGGAGUCCGAGGUACGAGCCAAGCGUCAGUUUUACGGCGGAUAUGGUCGUCCACGAUUCGGAUAUGGUGGAUAUGGUGGAUAUGGUAGAUAUGGAUAUGGAGGCUAUCCCUUUUACGGAGGAUAUGGAGGAUUUGGAGGACUUGGUGGAUAUGGACGUCCCCCCUUCUUCGGUGGUGGCUAUGGGCCCGGCUUCGGUUACUACGGCUAAGCCCAUCGCAAAUCUGUUGCUACCAACAAACGAAGACUGACGACCAGGAAAGA